CGAUUAUUACUUUUAUUAAUUCGCGUUUACUUAUUAUUUAUUAUUCAAAGGUACAAAGUCUGGUUAAACAUAUAAAGUCUCCUCAAUGAUAUUGCAAUAUCAGUCCUGAAUUAAAUACAAAGGAAUAUCGACGUUAUAUCUUUUAUUUUGUAUUAUUAUAUAAUUACAUAUUGAACAUUUAAUACGUAAAGCACAGUAUAUUUAGAAUAUAAAAAUAAAUAUGACUUCAACGAAAGUGAACGUGGAUUUAGUGAGAGAACGUGCGAAAUGCACUUUCGAUUUAAAAGAGUUGAUACACUUUGUUGACGGCGGUGAAGAGAUCACUUCGGAAAGAAAAGCAUUUGAAGAGACUGUGCUUGCUAUCAAAGAACUUAAAGAUGACAUACCAGAGGAUUACCUGAGUCACAAGGAGAGAUACGAGAUUGCUGUCAGAAAGGCAUGUAUACUGAGGGAACUUCGUCUGCGGCAUGAUCAAAACAAACCCCUUUUACCGGAAAGGCCUACGUAUGUAUACAAUAUCCUACCAGCAACAAUAAAAGAUAUAUCACCGUUCUAUCUUCAUGAAACCAUGUUUCUUGCAACGAUUUGGGGCCUCAUGAACGACGAGCAGAAAGCCGAGUGGUUAUCAAAAGCAUUGGAUAUGAAAGUCAUUGGAACUUAUGCACAGACUGAGCUAGGGCAUGGAACAUUUCUAAGAGGUCUAGAGACCACCGCGACGUACGACCCUGAAACUGAAGAGUUCAUCUUGAACACACCCACUCUGACGGCUUACAAAUGGUGGCCCGGUGGAUUGGGACAUACUGUCAACCAUUGCAUCAUAUUAGCUCAAUUGUACACCCAAGGAAAAUGCCAUGGUAUCCAACCAUUUAUAGUACAGAUCAGAGAUCUGGAGACCCAUAUACCUCUCCCAGGAGUUCACGUGGGUGAGAUUGGUCCAAAAAUGGGCUUUCAGACCGCUAAUAAUGGUUUUCUUGGCUUCAAAAACUUUAGAAUACCUAGAAAGAAUAUGUUGAUGAAGAACUCUGAAGUAAAAAAGGAUGGAACAUACGUAAGCUCUAAGAGUGAUAGAUUAACGUACGGAACUAUGGUUGUAGUGAGGGUGAAUAUAGUAAAUGACGCCGCGAUGCAGUUAUCUGCAGCUGCAAUUAUUGCUGUCCGCUACUCGGCCGUCCGACAUCAGUCGCAGCUGAAACCCAAUGAGCCGGAACCUCAAAUUCUGGACUAUGUGACUCAGCAACGAAAGCUUUUCAUUAAUAUUGCCACAGGCCAUGCCAUAAGGAUUGUAGGGCGGUGGCUUUGGAAGACAAUGUUGGGAGUUAUUCAAAAAAUUUUAGAAGGAAAUUUGGAUCAGUUACCUGAGUUACAUGCUCUAUCCUGCUGCCUGAAGGCUGUGUGCACUCAGGAUUGUACAGCAGGCAUUGAGCAGUGCCGCCUGGCAUGCGGUGGUCACGGUUAUAUGAAUUCGUCCAACUUGCCAUUGCUUUAUAGUCACACCACUGCUGCCAUGACAUAUGAAGGUGAAAAUACUGUGCUGCUAUUGCAGACAGCUAGGUACCUACUAAAGACAUGGACGCAAAUAUUAGAAGGUGACACAAAAUUAAAUCCAACUGUUUUGUACCUGCUCAACUUUGCGAAACCAACUGACUACAGAUGGGAGAAUACAAACCAAGGAAUCAUAAAAGGGUUUCAGGCAGUUGCUGCUGGAAAAAUUAAAACAGCUUACGAUACCGCAUCGAAACAUGUGAGUGCUGGUAAAAGCCAGGAGGAAGCGUGGAAUCUAGCUUCGAUACAAUUAGUAGAAGCUAGUGAGGCUCAUUGUCGGGUGAUAAUUUGCGAAGUAUUUUCGAAUGAAAUCCAGUGUGCGUCGAACACUUUAUCUCCCAACUUAUCUAAAGUUUUACAGCAGUUGGUUGAACUUUAUUUAGUGCAUUGGGCUUUGGAGAAGAAAGGUGAUAUUUUGUUGUAUUCCACAAUAUCAAAAGAUGACAUCCCUGCCUUGAGAGACAGAUAUGAAGAGUUGCUUGCUCUGAUCAGACCAAACGCUGUUGGGCUCGUCGACGGCUUCGAUUUUAGAGACGAGGUCCUGAAUUCGACGCUGGGCGCCUACGAUGGGCGUGUGUACGAGCGCCUGAUGGAGGAGGCCCUCAAGAGUCCCCUCAACGCGGAGCCCGUCAACAGCUCCUUCCACAAGUACAUAAAGCCAUUCAUGGAGAAAGCGAAACUGUGAUUUAUUUAUUAUAAUUUCAAUUUAUAUGUACGUUUAAUAUUAUAUUAAUUCAAAUACUUA